ACACUACUCAAUUGGGAAUGGGUUCUUUGCAUGUCUCCGGCAGUACCACUACUCAACAUAGCAGGGUUCAGAGGGCUUACCAACUCUUGUUUUUCCAUGUGCACCCGUUCUGGCCCCAGCUCCUCUACUUUGUGUCCAUCUCCUUUUUCGGCUUCGUCAUGCUGAGAGCCCUCCCCAUGAAGACCAACAUGCCCACGGACCUAGACCUGAUCUUCACGUCGGUGUCGGCGACGACGGUGUCGAGCAUGCAGGCGGUGGAGAUGGAGUCCUUCUCCAACCCCCAGCUCCUCCUCCUAACCCUCCUCAUGCUUCUUGGUGGCGAGGUGUUCACUAGCAUGCUUGGCAUGUACUUCACCUACGUCAAGUCCAAGAAAAAAGAAGCACAAGCACCACAUGAUGAUGGUGCCAAAGUGAAACCAGCACCAUCUAGCCUAGAGCUCACGGCCGCUAGCAUCUGCAUGGACGACGGCACUGCACAGGACCGUAUGGAGCAAGGGUUCAAGGACCAGCCCCGUUACGGCCGGGCCUUCCUCACCAGGUUGCUCCUGUUCAUAGUGGUCGGCUAUCACGCGGUGGUGCACCCGGCCGGUUACUCCCUGAUGCUGGUCUACCUGAGCGUCGUGUCCGGCGCGAGGACGGUGCUCGCCGGCAAGGGGAUCAGCAUGCACACCUUCUCCGUCUUCACCAUCGUCUCGACGUUCGCAAACUGCGGCUUCAUGCCGAACAACGAAGGGAUGGCCUCCUUCCGGUCCUUCCCGGGACUCCUCCUACUCGUCAUGCCCCACGUCCUCCUCGGAAACACGCUCUUCCCCGUCUUCCUCAGGCUGGCGAUCUGGGCUCUCCAGCGGUUCACCAAGAGGCCUGAACUCGGUGAGCUGCGGAGCAUCGGCUACGACCACCUCCUGACAAGCCGGCAUACAAGGUUCUUGGCUUUCACCGUGGCCGUGUUCGUGCUGGCGCAGCUGUCGCUCUUCUGCGCCAUGGAGUGGGGCUCCGACGGGCUGCGCGGGCUCACCGCCGCGCAGAAGCUCGUCGCGGCUCUCUUCAUGUCGGUCAACUCGAGGCACGCCGGCGAGAUGGUCGUGGACCUCUCCACCGUGUCGUCGGCCGUCGUGGUGGUCUACAUGGUCAUGAUGUACCUACCACCUUAUACUACAUUUCUACCAGUGGAAGACAGUAACCAACAAGUGGGAACAGAUCAGAAAAGGACAAGCAUAUGGCACAAGCUUCUCAUGUCGCCCCUCUCGUGCAUAGCCAUCUUCGUCGUCGUCGUGUGCAUCACCGAGAGACGGCAGAUCUCCGAUGACCCACUCAACUUCAACGUCCUCAGCAUCGCCGUCGAGGUUAUCAGUGCGUACGGCAACGUGGGGUUCAGCACGGGGUACAGCUGCGGCCGGCAGGUGACGCCCGACGGCAGUUGCAGGGACGCGUGGGUUGGCUUCUCCGGGAAGUGGAGCAGGGAAGGGAAGCUCGCCCUCAUAGCCGUCAUGUUCUACGGCAGGCUCAAGAAAUUCAGCAUGCAUGGCGGCCAGGCAUGGAGGAUAGUGUAGCAUAGCACAUUCCCGAUUCCCGAAACCCGAAUGAUCUCUCUUCACACACACCAGACUAGCUACAUCUCGCUCUAGCCUAACCCCGGCCGUGUGAACAUAUUUCCAUUAUGCAUGCCGAGCGUAUCAAUGGUCUGAACAAAUUGCUUUAAGCAAGUACAAUAGA